AUGUCGUUCGCGGCUGGCUCUCUCGCUGGUGCACUUGUAAUGGGUGGUAUUUACCAUGGGUUUUCGAACUUGAUGCAAACAAGCACCGUGGCCGACAUUCAUACCCUCUCGGAACGUCUCGUUAGCGCCUCGACUACAAUUCCCUCUCCUCCGCCUGCGUCCACGCGCAUAACGUACCAUCCGCUUACAUCGCUCAUUCAGUCCAAGUGGAACAACGAGGUCGCUGGUUUAUUCGGAAUGUCUGCCAAUGGGAGCGUGCAGUGGAGUUGGGGAAGAAAGUUCUGUAUGGUGGUGACUCAUGAUACCGCCAAGCUAGGCAUUAGACUAAUCGAAAGAUUAAUAUCUUCGGUCGUUCCUAGAAUCUUGACUCCAGCAAACGGCCUCCACUAUGCACCACUAACCGCCAGCGACAGCCCCGUGCUCCAUUACAUUGCAUGA